AUGGCAUCUUCAAGUCAAGAACAAUUGACUACUUACAAAGCGGUGUCGGUGAUAACAUUCUUACUUUCUAUCUAUGGUGGCUUGAACUAUGUCGGUGUUCCUGAAGGCGAUUUAGCCCAUACUCCUUAUUCAGGAUCAAAUCUUUUGUUGUUCAUUUAUUGGGGUAUAAUGUACGUUUGGCAACUCAUUUACAUUAUACAAGCAUUCUUUUCCCUUGAUGAAUACAGAUCUUCUGUAAUUCAACUCGUUGGAUGGCAUUUCCCAGUGUUUAAUGUGUUAGCGUAUAUAUGGUUUGAAUUCUUCACCAGAGGCCAUUAUUUCCUUAGUGAAUUGACAUUGAUUAUCAAUUUCAUCAAUACCUUGAUAUUGUAUUUUGGUCAUAAAACAUUUGCUGUAAAGCCCCUUACUAAUUGGCUUUUGAUUCAUGUUCCACUUGUGGCUUUAACAAUGUCCUGGUUGCUCUAUGCUAUAUUUUGGAAUGGUGCAAUUUGGUUACAUAUUCACAAGACGUGGGGUAGAAUCGUGGCCAAUAUUUUCAUUUGGAACUUCCUUUUAGUUCCAGGAUUUUUCUUAUUAUUGUUUAACGAUUGGGCAACUGGAUUGAGUUUUUCAUUCUUGAUGUUUGCUUUAGGAUUUGGUCAAUUGGGCACUAAAGUGUUUGCAUUGCAAUGGAUCUUUGCUUUUGUUAUUGCUGGUAUUUUACUUCUCUGGAGUUUUAUUGCAAUGAUUGUCGGUGCACCAAAGCAAAUAAUUGAUGUUGAACAAGCACCAUUAUUGGUUGUUGAAGAAGAGCGCACCACAACCAGCUAA